AGAUCAUCUUAAAAUAUUCUAAUUGUCGCAUUCAUUAUCGUCUUGAUCCCAAAAUAGAGAAUUUAAGUUUGAAAUGAUUGAUAAGAGUUGCGUAAAAUGUGAAAAGCCUUCGAAUUCAUUUUGCACAAACUGCAAAUUGGUUCAUUAUUGUUCACGUGAAUGUCAAAAAGCUGACUGGAAAACUCAUAAAACCCAAUGUCGACCAUUUGAGAUUAAAAAAGAUGAAAAAUUUGGAAGAUAUUUGAAGGCAAAUCGUGAUGUCGAAGCAGAUACGAUUGUCGUUUCUGAGCCACCAUGCAUCAUUGGACCAAAAUGGAAUAAUGAAGAUGAAGACCCGUCAUCAUUUACAUUUUUUUGCGUAGGAUGUUUUGAAGCAUUAAAAGAUUUGAGAACAAAGUGUCCCAACUGUUUAUGGCCAUGUUGCAGUGAAGAAUGCAUUGGUUUGAUUAGCGAAGAACUUCACGCUAUUGAAUGUGCUUUUUUGAAAGCAGGCAGAGGUCCAGCCAAUAAAACCAGCAUCAAAUCGGUCAAAGAAUAUUUCAGACAAGAUGCUUUGUUAGCUUUGAAAAUUCUCAUCCUACAAAGACGAAACCCUAAGAAGUUUAAAAGCUUGAUGGAAAUGGAAGACAACGCAGAAAAUCGUUUGCUUACGUUGAAUUUUAAAGAAGCUGAAGAUCGAAUCAAUUAUCUCGAAGAUAAUUUCUUGAAGCCUUUGAAGAAGGCAGAAGAUAAAUCUAAUCAAGUGGUUCUCCCGAUUAAAGAUAAAAAGAUUUUACAUAAAAUUUUUGGUAUCAUUGAAACGAAUGCAAUGUACAUAAACUUAGCAAAUGGGAAUGAAAUUUGUGGGUUAUAUCCAAUUGGAUGUUUGUUAGAACAUUCAUGUUUACCUAAUUGUAGCUACUCGUUUGACAUGAAAAAUGGAUUCAAAAUUAAUGUCAAAGCGGCUCGAGAAAUCAAAGCCGAUGAACAUUUGACGACGACCUACUCGCACAUAUUGUGGAGUACACAACUCCGUCAGCAACAUUUGAAAGAUGCCAAAUAUUUCACGUGUUCAUGCGAAAGGUGCAAAGAUCCAACAGAAUUAGGAACACAUUUUUCCACAUUAAGAUGCUUGGGUAGCGAUGAAAGUCCAUGUAAUGGAUAUCAAUUACCAACUAAUCCAAUCUCACCGAAUGCAGAGUGGGCAUGCAACAAAUGUCCAAUGAGAAUAAAAAGCGAUCAGGUCAGUUUCUUGACUGCUCGUAUGAAUGAUGAGAUUGAAAAAGUUUUCGCUUCAUCACCUACUUGUGAAGUUCUUGAAGAAUUGAUUGAGAAACUCUCGCAGUUCUUACAUCCAACACAUUAUCAUAUGUUCACUUUAAAGCAUGCACUUCUUCAAUUAUAUGGAAAACAUAAAGAUUGUCCAAUCGAAAGCUUGAGUGAAGAAGUUUUAUUGAAAAAGUUGAACUUGUGUAAUGAACUGUUGCAGAUUGUCCAAACUUUGGAUCCAUAUGCGAUAAGAAUUCCAAUUUAUAUUGGAAUAUUAUAUUUCGAGAAGCAUGUCGCAUUGAAGGAAAUGAUUAAAAGGAACAACAAUUGUGCUAAUAUUGAAGAUGCUCGGAAAUGUCUUGAGGAAGCUGAAAGAAUUUUGAAGAAUGAAACAGACACAGAACAAGGAAAACAACUUAUUCAAAGAGUUGCGGAUGCUUUGUUAAACAUUUAAUUGAAUAUUUAUCAAAAAAAAACUUUUCUGUAUAUUAAAAUAUUCUUUUAAAAAUAU